CCUGUCUUUUGGAUAACACCACCUCCUUUAUAUCAUCUUUUUUUGACACAUUUCUAUCUCGUUGAAACCGAUCAUCAGCUUUAUGGUUGUCUUCUGCCCCGCCUCUGUAUUUGCCCAAUAAAAUUGGUCUGCCUUUCGUGGAAGUCCUUGUGAAUUGACCAUCUAUCCCUUUCGCGUCCGGAACGCGUCUGGCCGCCCUUUGCUCAAUGUUUGCUACUUUCGCCCACCCACAGCAGCAACCAAACUCAACGCCUUGAAUAUCAGAAACGGGAAUUGCAAUCAGCCUUUUGCCGAUGAGGGUAUCUGACGGGAUGUUCACCCCAAGGCAUGCGCCUCUCAAAGAGGGUCGCUCUUUUCCAGGAUUACCAUAUGCCGGGCCAUCGCGGAGGGCCAUCAAAAAUCGCCAAACAGCUCUGAUCAUCCUAGUCCUGUUAUGCAUUCCAUUAAUAUACUUCCUGUCAUCGAGUGGCUCCAGUACGACUAUACAUCCACAGACGAGAACGCCGGCCGACAAGUUAAGGGAAUUCGCGACCGAUCCCGAAGUUGUUCUUCGCCCCAAUCCCGAUGCAGUACCACAGCAGGAGAAUGCUCCAGCAGCAAACCCGGCCGCCGCGCAUCCGGAGGACGUGCAGUCUACAGGCGAGGUCCCAUUCAAUAUCCCAGCAGGCGACGAAGUUGCCCAGGCACCAGUACAAGCAGCUCCUCCUCCAUCCGCGCCGAAGCCAAAGUCACCACCCGCAUCCAAUCUCGAUGAUCAAGUGUCGAUAGACCAUGAGACAUCGGCACAGCCGAAGCCGAAGCCACCUGCAGUGCCAAAUAGGAAGCCAUCUUCAUCUGAUUCAACUUAUUUCUCGGAACGGCCCAAGUUCGAAAAAGCACUGACUCGAGUCAUCAGUCUCCUUCCCGGUGAGAUGGAGGGCCGAGAUUUACUUCGGCCCGUCGAGGGGACCGGCAAGGAGAAACUCCGCGAAAUGAGUCUCCGAAUUCGUGAAUACAAGAAAUUCUUCGAAGCUUGGGAAGCUCUGCAUCUGGCAUUUGAUGAUGAGGGCGGCAGCUACGUACGGGAUGAUGUGAUUCAGUACCUUCGUCACCACGUCCAUCAAUCAUCAUCCGACGACUUGGCGGAAACCGGUCUCGCUCAGACAAUCCACUCGUACGAGGCGUACCGAUACUUCCUCGUCAAAUUCGGACAACUGCUCUUCCCUUGGACAGCUCCUUAUUUCCCGGAUCAUAUGACCUUGCAUUCGCACUUCAAGAAGGGUGGCCGGGGUAUCGUACUCACUGCCGGAGACGAUCAAGCACCCUACCUUCUGACAACGAUCCCCACUUUCCGGAAACUUGGCUGCGAGCUUCCUAUCGAGGUCAUGUACUUGGGCGACUCCGACUUGAGCGAAGACUACCGGGCGGACCUGGAAGCUCUGGACGGAGUUGUAACCCGCGAUAUUGCACAGAUGGUAAACGACGAAGGAUGGAAAUUGGCUGGUUGGGCGGCGAAACCUUUUGCCAUCCUCCAUUCAAGCUUUCGAGAAGUCAUCUUCAUCGAUGCCGACAGCUUGUUCAUGAAAAACCCAGAAGUCCUGUUUGAUGAUUCUUCAUACCAGAAAACAGGUGCUUUGUUCUUCAGAGAUAGACUGAUCAUGCCAGAGUCGAAGAAGCGAUGGCUUCAACAGGUUCUACCUAAGCCGAUUUCGAGACAAGUCAAGCAGAGUCGCUUCUGGACUGGCGAUAGUGGUCAUAUGCAGGAAUCAGGUGUCGUGGUGGUGGAUAAGUGGCGACAUUUCAUUGCCCUCCUGCUCGUCACUCGAAUGAACGGACCUGACAGAGAUGGCAACAAGGAUGAAGGCAGGAUUGGUGUUUAUGAUAUGGUCUAUGGUGACAAGGAGACAUUCUGGCUCGGUUGGGAACUCGUGGGAGACUUGGACUACUCUUUCCACCGAGGUGAUGCCGGUAUAAUGGGCAUUGUUCAGGAUCCUAAGCCUUCCGAGGAGGAAAAGAAAGAAGAAAAGAAAGAAGAACCCAAGAAGAAGGAGAAGAAGAAGAAGAAGAAGCAACCGGUGCUCGACGACAACGGUAACCCCAUUGAAGGUGUUGAAGUUGAGGUGGACGUCGAAGAACCCGUGGAAGAGGAAGAGAAGCCCAAGCCUGAAGAAAAACAUGAGCCUGAAAGUUACACCAUCUGCGCGCCGCAACUGCUGCAUCUCGACGUGGAUGGCAGCCCACUGUGGUUCAACGGCUGGCUUCAAGACAACAAAUUCGCGGACAAGAAGAAGAGGAAGUUUGGCAAGUUCGAGCACUAUCUGAUCGAGCCCCGGGAUAUUCGGGAACCAGGAGCGUGGCAGCUAGAGGAGAGCAACAUGUGCUGUCUUACUACCGAUCCCGACUUGAAGAGGGACUUUACGCGAGAAGAGAAGGACCUUCUGGAGAUGAUGAUACAGCAGGCCAGGGAUGUUGGGAUGAGUGGUUGACCCUGGUGAGUGACUGGUUUAGGAACGAGAAUAAGCAUUGGAUUCAGAUAUAUUGCGAGCAUUUGUCCGGGCGUUGUGGUCAUAUUGUCUUCGUUGUUGGCUCUGUGUUGGUACUAGAUUUUGACGACGGGGGAUGGAAAAGACGAAAAGAGGAACAGACGAGGCCAUGGGGCCGAAAUGGAUAUCGCUCUCCUUCAUUUCUUCAUGAAUCCUUGUUUGUACUCCUCCGUACUCGUACUCGAACUCGUCCUCAUUUGGUAAAUCCCUACAACAUCGAC